AUGAUGCUUGUCCUCCUGGUACAGUUCUGGGGAUCCUCAAGCGUGAACGAGCAGCAAGGGCCCCAGCAACUGCAGGUGAGGCAGGGCAGUCAGGCAACUAUGGCCUGCCAGGUGGACCAGGCCCCGGCCUGGGAACAGCUCCAUGUUGAGUGGACCAAAGAUGGGAGCGUCCUGUGCCAGCCAUACAUCACCAAUGGCAGCCUCAGCCUGGGGCUCUGUGGGCCCCUGGGAUGGCUCUCCUGGCAGGCACCCAGCCAUCUCACCAUGCGGCUGGACCCUGUGAUUCUCAACCACAGUGGAAACUACAUGUGCACGGUGGCCACAGAGAUUCCUGACUUGGAGGAGGCUGAGGGCAAUGGAACAUGGCUCUCCAUGGACCCAGAUGACCCCCCACAGAACAGAAACCCAACCCCAAACUUCCCAGGACUCCUCUUUGUGAUGCUGGGGGUGGAGAGCGUGGGUGUGGCCUCAAUGGUGCUGGGUGCCUGGUUCUGUGGCCACCGCCACUGCCAGCAAAGGGACUCAGGUAACAGCCCAGCCCAGAAAGGACACUAA